AUGUCAAAACGACAGCGUUUAAUGGACCAAGAUUGGGGAAUCAGCUCUUCUUCCUCUUCUGAUGAUAGCAGUGAUGAAGAAACUUCAGUAGAGCCAAAGCCCUGUAGCCUCUUCAAACUGCCAUUUGAAAUCCUAUCCAGCAUUUUCAUCCUGUCUGGUAACACUGAUUUACCCAUAGUCUGCAAAUACCUCUAUCAACAACUGUAUUACUGCCAUGAUUCCAUCAAAAUCUCUUUCCUACUACAACGAGCACACAACAACAUUGAAAAGGCCUUUGAAGAUGCCAUCAAAUUCCCGUUUUUCAACAUGGACCUUAUGCAACGCUUUGAGAAAAUACAGCCCUCAUUGCAAUACAAUGACAAAAAGAUACCCGCUCGACUAUUUCUACAAGACCCUCAAGACACAUUGCAACAACGAGACUCGCUUAUCUUGGCAUUGCUGGAGAAGGGAGCCUCUGCCAAUCGACCCAAAGGAUACCCUCUUAUCAAAUCAGCACAAUUGGGAAGAUUGGAUCAAGUCAAAUUGCUAGUCAAGUUUGGCGCAGAUCCCACGAUGCGUAAUAACAUGGCACUUCGAGUAUGUGCUGCUAGAAAUAAUCGUGAAAUGGUAGAUUACUUUUUAGAUGAGUUACAUGUCAAGCCAGAUAGUGAGACUUUGAAAGCCUGUGUGCAAAAGAAUCUGUGGGACAUGUUUCAAGUCUUGGUGGAUCAUGGAGCUGUGCCAGACAUGUCCACCAUUGAUUUUACUUGA